CUCUGCCAUGUAGAACGCGGCGGGGGGAAGCAUUUCCGGACGGACUUUGUGCUCCUCCGUUCUCCUUCCCCAACAGCACCAGAGCCGGUUUCAAAAGCAGGACCCGUGGAGGACACUUAAAGUGACAAAGAAGCCCCCUUCCCCAUGCAGUCACUCCUUCGCUUACCACCCCCAGCGUCUCUCCCAGCCUCAUCUCUGAGAAGGGUCAGAUGUCUACUGAACCAGCUAUUGAACCAUCGGGGAGCAGCUCCUCAAGUCCUUCUCCGGAGCCACACUACUUCGACAGGUGACACGGUUAAUAUUGGAGAUGUAUCCUAUAAACUGAAGGCUCCAAAGAACCCAGAACUGGUGCCACAGAACUACACCCCUGAACCUUUAUGCCAGGCAGUAGUACAUCAUCUGAGAUGGAUUAUGCAAAAAGACCUCCUAGGACAAGAUAUAUUUCUCAUUGGACCUCCUGGACCUUUGAGACGAUCUAUUGCUAUGCAAUAUUUGGAGCUCACCAAGCGAGAGGUAGAAUACAUUGCUUUGUCCAGAGAUACUACUGAAGCUGACCUCAAGCAGAGGAGAGAAAUCCGUGCCGGGACAGCUUUUUACAUUGACCAGUGUGCAGUCCGGGCCGCUACAGAAGGAAGGAUACUGGUGCUGGAAGGUUUGGAGAAGGCAGAAAGGAAUGUCUUACCUGUGCUGAAUAAUUUGUUAGAGAACAGAGAGAUGCAGCUGGAGGACGGGAGAUUCCUUAUGUCUGCGGAACGUUACGAUAAACUGCUCCAGGAACACAGUAGAAAUGAACUGGAUGCCUGGAAGAUUGUACGUGUCAGUGAAGAUUUCCGAGUGAUAGCUCUGGGCCUGCCGGUACCCAAGUAUUCAGGCAAUCCUCUCGACCCACCGUUACGAUCCAGAUUCCAAGCAAGAGACAUUUAUUACCUCCCAUUCAAGGACCAGCUUCAGAUACUGUACUCCAUCGGAUCAAAUCUUCCUGCAGAAAGAAUUUCCCAGCUAUUGUCGUUCGCUACGACUCUCUGCUCACAAGAAUCGUCUUCCCUGGGUCUGCCCGAUUUCCCAGCAGACAGCCUGGCAGCAGCCGUUGGCAUUUUGGAUGCAUUUCCUAUGAUGUCAUCACAGCAUGUCAUUCAAAGACUCUAUCCUUACAAUGUUUUAUUGGGCAAAGAAGGCAGGACUGCAGUGAAGGAUGCAUUGAAAAGAUUUGAGCUGACAAAGUCUGGAACUUCCUACAUUCCCAUGAGAAUUGCAAGUGUGGAAGCAGCACAGGAUGCCGGACAUUCACUAGCAAGAGUGAAUAUAUGUGUCGGCGACAACAACAUUUCAAUAGAGGUCCCAGGAGGAACAAGGACGCUGACAAAUGGCUCCAAGCCACGAGACUUCAUAAGAACCCCAAACCAUGAGCAGCUACUUGCAGAGAUGAUGCAGUCACACAUGGUUAAAGACAUGUGUCUGAUUGGUGGAAAGGGAUGUGGAAAAACUGUCAUUGCUAAACAGUUUGCAGACAUACUAGGAUACGACAUAGAACCCAUUAUGUUAUACCAGGACAUGACAGCCAGGGAUUUGUUGCAACAGAGAUACACUCUUCCAACCGGGGACACUGCCUGGCGACAAUCUCCACUUGUCACUGCUGCUUUGGAAGGGAAACUUGUUAUCCUUGAUGGCAUCCACCGUGUCAACCCAGGAACCUUAGCUGUUCUGCAUAGACUAAUCCAUGACAGAGAACUGACUCUUUACGAUGGCACCAGGUUACUUAGACAAGACAGGUAUCAAUAUUUAAAAGAGGACUUACAGCUUUCUGAAGAAAGGCUCCAAGAGAGAUCUAUAUUUCCAAUACACCCGUCCUUCAGGAUAAUCGCUUUAGCAGAACCUCCCGUGAUUGGCGGUAACACUCAGCAAUGGUUGAACCCAGAGCUUCUGACCAUGUUUCUGUUCCACGAAAUGAAAGCUUCCACCAAAGCAGAGGAGAUUCAGAUCAUGAGAGAGAUGGUUCCAAAUGUCCCAAAGGAUGCGGUUGAACAGCUUCUGACAUUAACACACAAGCUGCGAGGCACAAAAGACCCCACGGCCCAGUCCUUGGCUUCAUCACUAUCUACAAGACAGCUACUUCGGAUCUGCCGGCGUCUGUCUCAGUAUCCAGAGGAGAGUCUCUAUCAUGCAAUAGAUAAAGCCUGCCUUUCCAGGUUUUUACCAAGUCUGGCCAGAUCAGCUUUACAGAAAAACUUGAGAGAUUCUGGGAUAGAAGAAACCAAGGGAGAUUUGGAGAGAACACUGGACACCGAGUACACCUGUGAAAUCAUAUCGGGCAUUCUGCGGGUUGGCAGUGUCACGGUGCCUGUAUUUCACCCAGACGAGAAGAUAAAAGUUCCCGAUGUUCUGUUUUAUGAAAACACACAGCACAUGAUGGUGAUGGAGGACAUGCUUAAAGAUUUCUUACUAGGAGAGCAUCUAUUGCUAGUUGGAAACCAGGGUGUUGGGAAAAACAAGAUUGUUGACAGAUUUCUACAUCUUUUAAACAGACCAAGGGAAUAUUUGCAGCUCCACAGGGAUACAACAGUACAGAGCCUUACUUUACAGCCAUCUGUGAAGGAGGGUAUCAUUGUAUAUGAAGACUCACCACUGGUAAAAGCAGUCAAAAGAGGACACAUCCUGGUUAUUGACGAGGCAGAUAAAGCACCCACAAAUGUCACAUGUAUUUUAAAAACACUAGUGGAAAGCGGGGAAAUGAUUCUAUCUGAUGGAAGGAGACUUGUAGCCAAUCCUUCUCAUAUGGAUAAAAGACCAAACGUGAUAGCCAUUCAUCCUGAUUUCAGAAUGAUUGUACUGGCAAACAGACCUGGGUUUCCUUUCUUGGGGAACGACUUCUUUGGGGCAAUAGGUGAUAUAUUUAGCUGCCAUGCAGUAGACAAUCCAUUGCCUCAGUCUGAGCUUGCUAUGCUCAGACAGUAUGGACCUAAUGUUCCUGAUGCAGUAUUAAACAAGCUUGUUGCUGCUUUUGGAGAAUUGAGAAGUAUGGCAGAUCAGGGGAUCAUCACCUACCCAUAUUCUACCAGAGAAGUGGUCAAUAUAGUAAAGCAUUUACAGAAAUUUCCAGAUGAAGGGUUGGCUAACGUCGUCCGAAACGUUUUUGAUUUUGAUUCCUACAACCAAGAAAUGCGUGAAAUUGUGAUGAACUCUUUACACAAGCAUGGCAUACCGAUUGGAGCCAAGCCAACCAGUGUCCAGCUGGCAAAGGAAAUUCCACUUCCAGAGAUCAGAUUUUUUGGCCAUUGGACCAUCUCUCAGUCUGGAAAUGCUCGUCGAAAGCUGAUGUGCCCAACAGAAACCAAUCAACUUACCAUAAAGGGUCCAGUUUACCUAAAUAUACAGGAAUACUCACUGGAACGACAUGAAUCACGGUCUUUGAGUUUUACCGAGGAAAUGGCCCACUGGCGGCUUCCUCUAAAUGAAGUGGAUAUCGUGUGUGAUGCCACUGUCUCCUCAGGAAAUGAAUCUGAGAGUACGCUGUAUGUAGUUACAUGCAAUCCAGUAUCAUUGCACUUUGCAAAGGUACAUGAGAAUAACGGAUACUAUGUGGACCUAUAUGACAUCUUCCCAAGAACGGUAGGCAGUAUAUGGCAGCCAUUUGUGACUGUCGCCCCACUAGGACACCCACUGACUGGCCAAGUGGUCCUACACGAAGAGCAGAGUAACGUCAUCCUGUUACUGGACACAAAAAGUGGGACACUUCGCCGAAUCUUAUUGUCACAAGAAGAACCUCCAAGGAAAUCAUCUUGGUGGGGAAGUAAAGAGGCACAGGAAAACCAUAAAAUGUGCCGGGAGUUUUCCCAUAAAAACUGGCUGGUGUUCUUCAAGGAAAACGGGAAUUCACUCAGUGUUCUGGAUGUUCUGGAAGGAACCACCAACACCAUCUCACUACCUAUUAACCUCAAAUCAGUUUUCCUUGUGGCAGAAGACAGAUGGCUUUUAACGGAAAGUAAAACCAACAGAAAGUUUCUUCUGACCAAGCCUUUGCAUAUGGAUGCUGAAGACACAGGAGUUUGCCAGCUUCAUGUACUAAGUGAGGAACCAGUAGAUACAGGAUUUGGCAUAACAGCAGCGACAGAACCUUCAAAUCUCCAUGUGAUUUCUAGUGACCAGUUGCCAUCUGAAAACCUAAGUGCCGCCGUCGGCCAGAAAAUAACAUCCCCUAAUAGGAUAUUUUCAGAUGAGGAUAACUUUGCCUCAAUAGUGGUGGGCUUUCCAGAACUACUGUCUCCUAGUGAGGUUUAUGGCUGGCGAAGAAAAUCUUCAUUAGAUAAUCACCGCCCAGGCGAGCCGCUUUUCCAACCAGGACGUAGUAAAUUUGGGAAUGUAAAACAUAGCAAUUGCGUGACUCUUCUUUCUGCCAAUCAAAUUGUCAGAGUCGUAUCACCAGCUAAUGUGCCUUUGAAAGAUGUAUACCCUAAAGAUGUUACUCCCCCACAGUCAACUGGGUAUUUGGAAGUGACAGACCUUAAUUCAAAAAAAGUGAAAUAUAUUCCGGUUCCCAGACCAACAUCCGUGUCUCCAUACACAUCCUGGCUGUCCAAAAUAUCAGACACUGAUAUUCUGCUUGCGUCACUGGGAAGCAAAGGUGUUGUUACUGUUGAUGUGGGAGGUUCUGUCCGGUUGUGGGAAACUGGACUAGACAGCAUUCAGCGUUCAUUGCUUGAGUGGAAGAACAUGAUUGGAAAAGACGAUGGCCGCCCUAUGCAGAUUACAGUCCAAAAGGAAAGUGGUUUGGAUGUGAGUUCGCCAAAACAUGGCAAAAUGGAUCCAGAUAACACUCCCCAUGUUGGAGGAAACACAUGGGCUGGCGGAACUGGGGGCCGAGACACAGCAGGACUGGGUGGUAAGGGUGGCCCUUACCGUCUAGAUGCAGGGCACACUGUUUACCAAGUGUCACAGGCUGAAAAGGAUGCGGUCCCUGAGGAAGUAAAAAGAGCUGCUAGAGAAAUGGCAGAAAAGGCUUUUAAACAGAGGUUAAAGGAAAUUCAGAUGAGUGAUUAUGAUGCAGCUACCUAUGAACGUUUCUCAAACUCUGUCCGCAGGCAAGUUCAGUCUCUCCGAGUAAUCCUGGAUAGCCUGCAGGCAAAGGGCAAAGAAAGGCAAUGGCUGCGACACCAGGCUAUUGGAGAACUGGACGAUACGAAGAUCAUUGAUGGCUUGGCAGGGGAGAAAGCCAUAUACAAGAGACGAGGAGAGCAGGAGCCUGAGCUUGGAAGCCCUCAGCAGAAACCCAAGAGAAUGCGGCUGCUGGUGGAUGUCUCUGGCAGCAUGUAUCGCUUUAAUGGCGUAGACGGGCGCCUGGAGCGUUCCAUGGAAGCCACUUGCAUGGUCAUGGAAGCAUUUGAAAAUUAUGAGCAUAAGUUUAAGUAUGAUGUUGUGGGCCAUUCUGGAGAUGGCUUUAACAUUGAGCUUGUAAGAAGUGACGUGAUCCCCAAGAACAAUAAGCAAAGAUUACAGAUUCUGAAGACCAUGCACGCUCAUUCUCAGUUCUGUAUGAGUGGAGACUACACGCUUGAAGCAACAGAGUGUGCAAUACGUGAAAUUACAAAGGAAGAGGCCGAUGAAUACUUUGUUAUUGUCUUGAGUGACGCCAACCUAGAGAGAUAUGGCAUUCCACCAUCAAGGUUUGCCCAAGCAUUGACCGUUAAUCCACAAGUCAACGCAUUUGCUAUCUUUAUAGGAUCAUUAGGAGACCAAGCUGAAAGACUCCAGAGGACACUUCCAGCGGGGCGAUCCUUUGUUGCAAUGGAUACAAAGCAGAUCCCACAAAUACUGCAGCAAAUCUUCACAUCUACCUUACUGUCAAACGCUUAGAACGCAGACUAUACAUCCUAUGCGGCUGAGAAGACAAAAUAAUAACUUAUGAUAUAUUUUACAACAUUAUUUUUUAAUCAGCUUUAAAAUAAUGAACUUUUUUUAUAAUUAUUAAUUGUAAAUUAUUAUUUUAUUAGCAAUCUUCAGAUUUUUGUGUUACAUUUUCAGUUUGUGUGCUGCCAGGUAAUAUUGUAUAUGCUCCUAAUUAGUACUAAAAUAUAAAGUCUGGCCUGAGGGAAGAAUAUGCCCUUUAUUUCUUUAGCAAAGAGAAACCUAACACCUUAUUUCACAGAUGAUACUGUCUUCUAACCAUUAUUUGGCCUUAACAAUGCUGUUCCACAUAGACAAAACAUUUCUCUGGCAUGUUAAUCAAACAAAACCUUAGCUACAGCCCAUCUGUGUCACACGGCAUUUUGGCAUUUUCUGGAAAAUUAUGAAUGAGGCAAAAAUUUUUCCAUGAUUAAAGAAUUAUUUCUAGAAACUGGGCUUUCAACAAUACUGAUGCUGUGUUUAGUUAUAAACAUGUUAACUUUGGCAGUGUGGGUGGAACAGCACCUUUAUUCACCCAUUUCCACUACCUUCUUUCAGUUGCCAAAUAAUUAGAAUUCUGUUCUGUGUUUGUUUGUGUGGGGAGGUUGUGCUAAAAGUAUAUUGACUUUUGACUAACAAUGAACUUAAAAAUAAAAACAUGGGCAUCUAGUGUUUUUA